GGCUUCUGCAGCUCCAACCUCUAGUCACUCAUUCCCAGAGCAGUUAGCCUGUCCAUUCAUUCACAAUGCUUUUCAAGCAGCUCUUCAGCUCGGUCGCGGCGCUUUCAUCGCUCGCGACCGCUGUUGACCUCACCGGAUACGAGUACGUCGUAGUGGGCUCCGGUGCGGGUGGUGGACCUCUCGCCGCUCGUCUUGCGCUUGCAGGUCACAAGACUCUUCUCAUCGAAGCCGGUGAUGACCAGGGUCUCAACAUCAACUACACCGUUCCCGCCUUCAACGCUCGCGUUUCCGAGGAUCCCGCACUCGCAUGGAACUUCUACGUCCACCACUACGCUGAUGACGAGAGACAAGCCCGUGACUUCAAGACCUCGUAUGAGACGCCUGAUGGCGGCGAGUACACAGGUCUCUCACCACCUGCUGGCUCCAAGUUGAAGGGCACUCUCUACCCUCGUGUUGGCAGCUUGGGUGGUUGCACCGCACACAAUGCCCUGAUUGCUGUGUACCCCCACCAGUCUGACUUCCAGAACGUUGCCGAUAUCACCGGCGACGACUCAUGGGCUCCGGAUAACAUGCGCAAGUACUUCGAGAAGCUCGAGGACAACAACUACCUUGCCGUGCAGGCUGGUCAGGGACACGGUUUCGAUGGAUGGUUAGGUGUUGAGUAUGCGCCUAUCACGAUUGUCACUGAGGACUCCAAGCUGUUGAGCCUUGUUUCUGGUGCUGCUGCCGCACUCGGUGGCCUUAUUGGCUCCGUCAUCGACCUGACCACUCUCAUCCUGGGCGAUGCCAACGCCAACACCCUCGCGCGCGACCAGUCCCCUUCGCUUUACCAGAUUCCUAUCUCGACCGCCGACGGAAAGCGCAACGGCGCCCGCGAGUUCAUUCUCUCUGUCAGCGAGGCUAAGACCGCCAACGGCUCCAAGAAGUACCCCCUCGAUGUCAGGAUGAACUGCCACGUUACCAAGGUUACCUUCGAUGAGUCUGUUACCCCUCCUCGCGCAACUGGUGUUGAGUUCCUUGACGGCCAGUACCUGUACAAGGCCAGCCCGAAGUCCAAGGGUGCUGCUGGCACUCCUGGUUCCGCUAAGGCAUCUCGCGAAGUCAUCGUUGCUGGCGGUACCUACAACUCACCCCAGCUGCUCAAGCUUAGCGGCGUUGGACCUGCCGACGAGCUUAAGGAGUUCAACAUCUCUGUCGUCGUUGACCUUCCCGGUGUCGGUACCAACCUCCAGGACCACUACGAGACCAACGUCCAGGGUAAGGCUCCUAGCAACUUCACCGCUUUCGAUGGAUGCACUUUCGACGGAUCUGAGGCCGACGAGUGCCUCGAUAAAUGGAACAACCCCAACGCUAUCGAGAAGCGCGGCACCUACGCUUCCCCUGGUCUCGGCGCUGCUAUGUUCUUCAAGAGCAGCACUGCUGAGAACAACGAGUGGGACACCUUCCUUUUCGGUGGACCUGUCAACUUCCGUGGUUACUACCCCGGGUAUGCUUUCAACGCCACCCAUGACCAUGACUGGUUCACCUGGGCUAUCCUCAAGUCCCACCCUCGCAACACUGCCGGAACUGUCAAGCUUCAAUCUGCUGACCCGCUUGAUGUGCCCAAGAUUACCUACAACUACUUCGACACCGGUAACGGCGACUACGAGAAGGACAUCACCGCGCUCACCGAAGCCAUCGGCCUCGCUCGCAAGUCUUUCGCAGCCCAGCUCGUCGAGAUUGACGAGACUCUGCCUGGAAAGGAUGUGACCACCGACGCCCAGAUCUCUGACUACGUCAAGGACACCGUGUGGGGUCACCACGCCUCAUCCACGUGCCCCAUUGGUGCCGAUGACGACAAGAUGGCUGUGCUUGACAGCAAGUUCCAGGUCCGUGGCACCACUGGCCUGCGUGUCGUCGACGCCAGUGUGUUCCCCAAGAUUCCGGGAACUUUCACUGCUGUCUCGACCUACAUCGUCGCUGAGAAGGCCGCCGAUGUCAUCCUGAGCUCGCUCAGGAACUCUACCUCGGCCUAAGCUGAUCAACGCACUCGAUAAAACGGCCGCAACGUUGCCCAUGUACAUACAAUAAAUGUCUCAUACUAUGU